AUGAGCAGAAAGUACAUCUCUACAGCCAUCAUUGGUGAUGCUCACAAAAGUGAUAUACUUGGAGUUUCAGUGACCAAAGGAUUCACCAUUACUUGUUCCUCAGAUGGCUAUCUAAAGUUCUGGGAGAACGAUACUUCAGACAAGAAGUUAAGCCUCGAACAGUUUGUUGAUAAGUUAGGUCUUCAUCACGUGACUGCCUUUGAAGAUACUAUACAAUCACAGAAAGUUCUAUUAGUGUGCACUGUAUCGUUCAGUGGAAAGUGCUAUCUAUACAGCUACGAACGUGAGUCAAGUCAAUUGACGUCAUUGGUUGAAGCGCUUCCUGAAGAGUUAACCAAUUCUAAGAUAUCUUAUUGGGCGUGCAAACUUACCAAGGACGAACUAGGCGAAUUAAAUAUUUUAGCGUUGACUACGGUGACUGGUCAUACGGAGGUGUUCAGGAUUUUAUUUGGACAUGACGGCGACGACAAUGGUGAAUUUAAAACUUCUGAAGUGUCUCAGGAUGCUCUUUUGCCAUCUUUCCAGUACAGAGGAACUGCGUAUGCCAACGAUGCAAACUUUGCUACGUGCUUAGACGUCAAUGUAGGCCAAAAAAGACUUGCUGUAGGCCACCAAAAUGGCGGUAUCUACUUGUAUGACUUGGAAUAUUUGAAGCUUCUCUACAGCUUUGAAUCUUUUGGUCUGAAAAGUAAUUUGUCAUCUAGUCAGCUUUCUACGACACGUUGCGUCCGGUUCUCUCCCGGCGGUUCCCUUUUAGCUGUUGCACGUGAUUCGGGUCCUUAUGGUACUGUCACUUUGUAUGAUGUGAAGUACGGAGAGACAGUAGGUUCUUUAACCAUGCCAACGCAUUCUGCUUCAGUUGGUAUUGGGAGUUAUGCUCACGGUAAGUGGUGUCUUUCCGUUUCGUUCAAUGACGAUGGUACUCUAAUUGCUACCGGUGGCUUGGAUAAUCAGAUUCGUGUGUGGAACGUGGAAACUAAGGAAUCAGAGGCUGUUCUCACAAUUAAUAGAACUGACAUCAGCGACGAAGAGCUUAAGAAUUCGAACGAGCUUGAUAAAGCUACCUGUUGCAGUUUAAGUUUCAUCGAUAAGGGUGCCAAUGUGGCUGAAGGAAACAACGAUGGUUUGGUCAUUGUAGGCUUUGAUAGAGCUAUCAGAUGGUUCAGAGAGGCUGGUGGUGUGUAG